AUGGAGAAGGUAUUAAGGAGACGGGCUUCUGUGCCUGAAGACUUUGGAACGACAACCCUCGAACUGGACACACUUGAUCAGAAUACGACUCGCAUUUCAUACAUUGAACUGGAUCGCAGGGCAAUUCGCAGAGCAGUGAUGAGCAGGAGUGACGACCGCCGCCUGGCGAUCAUUCGAGUCUUGCGAGUUUUUCAUAUCAUCAUUGGCCCGAUCCUGAUUGGUCUCGCAGCCUCCCUUCUCAGACAAUACCGUGUCCUUCGCAGCUCUUGCGAUGGCGACUUCGAAUCGCCAGACUGUGAGGUAUACCAAAAGGCCGUCGGUGCAUUCAGAUACUGCGUCUUUCCCGGCAUCUGGAGCAUUGUUCAAGGCAGCGUUGGGUUGUGGGCCACGUACUCGCAGAUCAAGCUUCUAAACACGAUGAUCAUCAUCGACAGCAUGGCGGCUGGUUUCCACAUGGGCGCUGGAUGUACUUUGGCGGCUAUGCUGAAUGGGUGGAGUUGUGAGAAAGGCCUCGACUCAGGAGAACGUUUGUGUGACCAGUUCUACACGGCGGUCGCCUUCUUCUUCAUCGGGGUAGUUGCCAGCUAUGGGAUCAUGCCUCUCUGGUGUCAGUGUAAAGUCCUUCGACGAGUGCGUGAAAGCACCGACGGUUGA